AUGGCGGCUCCUUCAAGCAAACCAGCGUCCGAAACCGUCGGCAAUCCGACCGGGAAUGCGCCUCGUAGAUUCAAAGCCUCCGAGCUUCCCCUUCCCUCCGCGACACGCAGUGCGAUUGAAACGCUCGCGCACGCUUUCAAAAAGGAGGGCGCCUACGAUGCGAUCCGGAAACAGGUCUGGGAUAAUUUCAAAGCGAGUGAUUACGAGGCUCAAGUCACAAAGUCCAUCCUCGCCGUUGCCGAACAAGAGGUCGAGAAGAACCCCCAUCAGCUCCUAACGCUGGACACACGCAAAGCGGCCGCCCUCAUCGACGGUGCUCUUGAGCGAUCUGGCGUUUACCAGCAAUCGGAAGAAGUCAUUGGUCAGCUCAUUGACGUGAGUACUAUCGAGGAGCGCAUACGCGCGAUCCGAAAAACGGACAUUGGCGAGGAGGCCGCCGAAGCCGAACGUUUGCGAGGCGCAAAGACCGACGAGGAGUAUACCGCCGAGACCGAGGGGCGAAAGGAAGAGAGGAGGAAGAUCCGCGAGGAGCUCAAGGCCAAAGAAGAAGCAAUCGUCCUCGAAAAGCAAAGGAUUGCAGAGGAGGAGCGUAAGCGAAAACGAAGGGCCGAAGACGAGGCGGAGCUCAAGCGACAAAAAGAGCGCGACGAACGCCGGGCGAAGCGUGAGAAGGAGCGCGAGGACCGAGAGAGAGAGCGGGAUCGUGAACGUGAAAAGAGACACCGCGAGCGCGACGCUAGAGACGCCGCUCGUGAGGAGGCUCGACGCACAAAGACAUCCGACGACAAGGCACCCGAGCUGCAGCGUGAGUUGUCCAAGGAAGAGAACGAGAGGUUGGAGCAGGAGGCCCUGGCGGAUUUGUUGCGAGAGAGGGCCUGGACCGUGAUCGCGACCGUGAUAGAGACCGCGACAGAGACCGAGACAGGCGAGAUCGCAGCAGGGUACGUGAUGAUGAUCGCAGGCGGGAAAGGGACAGAUCUCGUUCGCCAAGACGAGACGGAGACCGAGAUCGGGACAGAAAGACGCGACCGCUCGCCCAUCCGCGACCGCCGUGAUCUUUCCAGAGACCGUGGCAGUGUUCGCGACAGGAGUCGUCACCGAGCCAGGAGCAGUGACCGACGCGAUCCCCGCUCCCGUUCGCGCUCGCAACGCAGAGACAGCCGCCCACGCCGCGAUCGCAGUCGUGAAUCGUCGCGCAUUAUGCAGCAUGAUCGCUACCAGCCCACGCGCGACAGAAGCCGUGAUCGGGAUGCCACAGCCCGCGCUAGCUCCCGUUCAGUGGCCCGCGUCGCCGACAGGGCUAUUGAGGACUCGGAGGAGUACAAGCGUGAGGAGAGAAUCCGCCGGGAAAAGGAAGCUAAGGCAUACAUGGCUGCUCAGAAGGAGGCCGCUGCUGCGGGUAGUGUGAGCGUGACGGCAGACUCCUACCACCCCCCUUCCGCACACAAGGAGGAUCGCUACAAGCCAUCUACCUCCGGACUCGACAGCGAUAGAUACAAGCCACCGGUCCCCAUAGGCGACAGCGAUCGCUACGUGCCUAGCUCACGCGACGACAGACGGCGCAAGAGUCGAAGCCGCUCGAGGGACAAGGAUCGUGAUCGGAGAGAUAGAGACAGGGACCGUGAGCGUGAGCGUGAGCGCGACAGGCCGAGGGAACGCGACUAUGACCGCGACAGAGACAGAGACCGCGUCAGAGGCGACAGAGAUAGAGACCCGGUUCGCGACGACAGGGACAGAGACCGAGAUCGUGAUAGGGAUCGUGACAGGGACAGAGACCGAGAGCGGGAGCGAGACCGGCGGAGGAGGGAUAGGAGCCUUUCCCCCAGAAGGGAUAGGGACCGGGACAGGCGAGAGAGGAGUCGCAGUCGACGUCGCACUCGCAGUCGAAGCCGUCGCUGA